AUGGUCAUUGCUAAUGAUUACGCAACCGCUUCGGCCACCGUCACGAUCCCAGUUGGCAAGAAGACCGAGGCCGCCUCUGUCGCGCCUCGUGUACCCAAGCCAGCCGGCCCGAACAAGCUCUUUGUCCAGCCCGGCGUAAGCUACGGUGACUUCCGCGAUGACAUCGUGAGGGACGGAUAUGCUGUCGUCAAGGGCGCAGUUCCAAGAGAGCGGGCGGAUCAGUACGCCCAAGAGAUGAUGUCGUUCCUAGAGAAUUUCGCCGGAGGUCUCGGCUUCAAACGAGACGACCCCAGCACCGUCAAGGAGUCCAACCUCCCCAUCAUCAGCGAGAAGGGAAUGUGCUUCGGCUACGGCAUCGCCCACGAGAACUUCACCUGGGCCAUCCGCCAGGAGCCCGGAGUCGUCGGGGCGUUUGAAAAGGUCUACGACACCGAGGACUUGAUCGUUUCCUUCGACGCCGUCAACAUGGCCUUCCCCAACCGCACCGACGUCGCGCCCAACAAGCCGUGGCCGCACCAGGACCAGGACCCGGAGAAGCCCGGCUUCCGCUGCCUCCAGGGGCUGGUCAACCUCCUCCCCAACGGCGACCGCGACGGCGGCCUCAUCGUGUGCAAGGGCGCGCACCGCCUCUCCGAGGAGUUCCACGAGGCCUUCCGCGACGGGCCCGACAAGAUCUGGUCCUGGACCAAGGAGUGGUACGGCUUCACGGACGCCGGCAUGAAGUGGCUGGCCGACAAGGGCUGCGAGUGGACCAAGAUCAACGCCGAGCCCGGCGACCUCCUGCUCUGGGACAGCCGCACGCCGCACUACAACCUGAGCCCGGAGGGCGGCUCGCCGCGCUUCUGCGCCUACACGUGCUACAUGCCCGUCGCCGACGCCACUCAGGAGGAUCUGGUCCGCAAGAAGGCGGCGUUCGACAACCUGCAGAGCACGACGCACUGGCCCAACGCUACGCACGUCGGCGGCAUCCCGGUCCUGCGGAACGGCGAGCCGUGCCCUUAUAACAUAGGCAAGCCGAGGCAGGCCCCGGAGCUGACCGAGAGAGGCUUCCUGCUCACCGGUAUUCCUUACAUUCAGAGCGUGCCUAUUGAAUCGUCUUGA